GGCGGGCCGCGCGCGGGAGGCUGCGGAGGGCGGCUGCGGAGGCGGCUGCGGGUCCCCGGCCGGGCUCAGGGGUCUCGACGACCCUGGUGGGUCCGGGAAGAAGGGUGGCAGAGGGCGGCGCUCCCGGCCCUCCCUGAAGCGAGCGGCGGAGGACCUCCAGCCUGGGCAGGCCCGCCCUGCGACCUCCGUGGAGCCGGGGGCCGUGCGGGGCGAGCCGCCGCCCACGCGGGCCGGGAGACGCCGACCCCGGCGCCGACCCCGGCCCCCGCCGCGCAGGGAGGCCCCCAGAGGCCCCCAGCGUCCCCCGCGGCCCGCAGGCCGACGACCGCAGGCCCGGCCCGGGGGCUCCGGAGACGCCUCCCGCGUGCAUCCCCGCCCGUCCGCGUCGUCGGCGCUCGGCCGGGCCCCGCCGCGUCCCUGUGCUGUGCUGGCGGCGCCGCCCCAGGGACGCGCAGGGUGACAAGGGAAGGACAGCGGAGGCCUGACGUUUUCAGAGGCCACCAGCAUUCUUAGGAAGCCCCGGCUCCCUCAGGCACAGGCACACCUGGGCCUCCUUUGGCAGGGCUGGAGAUGGCGUCAGUGGACUUCAAGACCUACGUGGAUCAGGCCUGCAGAGCUGCUGAGGAGUUUGUGAACGUGUACUACACUACCAUGGAUAAGCGGCGGCGCCUGCUGUCCCGCCUGUACAUGGGCACGGCCACCCUUGUGUGGAAUGGAAACGCUGUUUCAGGACAAGAGUCCUUGAGUGAGUUUUUUGAAAUGCUGCCUUCCAGUGAGUUCCAGAUCAACGUGGUAGACUGCCAACCUGUCCAUGAUGAAGCCACCCCAAGCCAGACCACAGUCCUUGUUGUGAUCUGUGGAACAGUAAAGUUUGAAGGCAACAAACAACGGGACUUUAACCAAAACUUCAUCCUGACUGCCCAGGCCUCGCCCAGCAACACGGUGUGGAAAAUAGCAAGUGACUGCUUCCGGUUCCAGGACUGGGCCAGCUAGGGUGGGCAGGAAAGGCCUCUGUUGUCUGCAGCCUAGCUUUGUAGGGAAGCACAGAUCUCAAAAUGUGGGGGACAUGUUCUUUUCUGUUGUUACGGGCCCCAGCUUAACUGCAUUUGCUGGAGUCCUGUGAGCCCCUUUCUGAGUGUAUUCUUGUUUGUCCUAGAUGUCUUUUCAAAGUAGUCAGCUUUUCUAUUUUUCUACUUGUUCAGUAGAGACCCUGGUUCUGGAAAUUCUGACAAAUAAAACAAUACAAAUGUUG